AUGUCUAACACCAAGAUGAAUGAGUUGCGGAGCGACAUAGAUGAGUUUAAAGUUCUAUUAAAUCAGGCAAAUCGAAAAAGGGUGCAAGAUUUUUUAUCUUUAGAAAUUCGUAAAUUAGAAACAGAGUGGAUUAACCUGAAGGAAAACAUGAAAGAGACUCCAUUGGAAGUUGUUAAACCUGCGCCAUCAGUAUCUGCUCAAAAGAAGAGGUUUCAGAUUAAAUUAAAUGGAUAUGGCUGGGAUCAGUCAGACAAGUAUGUAAAGGUAUUUGUCACUUUAAAAGAUGUUCAGACUAUACCAAAAGAGCGAGUUACCUGUAAUUUAACCGAGAAGUCCAUGGAACUGUAUGUUGAAGACUUGGACAGCAAGGAUUACAAAUUGGUGAUCAACAAUUUACUUUAUCCCAUUAAUGUUGCUGAAUCCCAUUGGAAACAGAAGACAGACAUGGUUGUAAUAUUCCUUGCAAAAUCUGAACCCACCAAAUGGUCCCACAUGACUGAAAUAGAGAAAAAAUUUGAAGACAAACGUAGUAACCGUUUGAAGCCAGAACCAGUUGAAACUGAUAAUAAGGAUCCUCAGGCAUCUAUUAUGAGUCUUAUGAAAAAUAUGUAUGAAACUGGGGAUGAUGAAAUGAAGAAAAUGAUCACCAAAGCCUUCUAUGAAGGGCAACAAAAAAAUAAAACUAACACUUUAGAUUUGUGA